UGGAGAUGUAUCAGGAGAUCAUGAGCCAUAACCCGCGCUUCACUGUCUUGCUGGAUCGGACUGAGAAUAGGCAAGUCCCCCUUGUCCGGAACCUGUGUACGAUGCUUGAGGUUCUAACGAAGCGACUUGCUGACCUUGAAGGAUGCUCGGCUUGCCACGAUCACAAGAAGGAGAGAGCGGUUGGGCAUGAGGACCUUUGCCCAGCACUUGUCAAGCUAGAGGAAGAUGUUAUUCAUCUGAGAAGAGCCGUCAACUUCAGCAACAGGGUACUUGAUGGGUGUUGGAAGCGCGAAUGUUCGAUCUUGAACACACUUCUCGAUAUCCAAAGGCGUAAGCAGACACAAAGGAGUGUACUGGCAAGAUUGCUGGCACGCAAGAACCAUGAUCAUGUCAAUAACUAUGUUGACCUGCGCGAUGGGGAGUCGAAGACUUCCAACAUAGUGACAGGGAUUGAUAUUCCUCUGAGCCGAAAAGAACUGGAUGCACUCAUCCAUAUUGCGGCACAGAAUGUGCAGAUUCUAAGAGAGGAUGUGGGUGACGUGGUCGAGUUAUUGAAUAAAUGCAAAGUGUAGAUUACGCAGUUCAAGUGAAAUUGAAACCAAGCGG